GUGAUCUGUCCCUCGGCGCCUGCCGUCCACCCUUCCAGGCGCGCGUCCGUUCCCAUAGAGAUGCCCACGGCGGCCCUGCCCCCUGCCUCAUUGCUGUACAGAUGGUCGCAGGAAGGAGGCUAGCGAGCCGCGGAGGUCUUGGCUCCAGAGGGCUGAGGGUCGCGGCAGUCACUGCUUACCAGAGGAUGAGUCCUGCUCGGAGGACUGGUCUUUUGCUGUGCUAACAGAUGGAAGGGGGCUGCUCUGUCAUAGAAUUAAAGGGGCUGAUUGGCUGCAUGGAGAGCAGCUCGGUGAAAACCAGGACCCCGUCAAUCCCCCUCCCGAAAGAUGUUCGGAAUGUCAUUGAGGGGACUCUCUUCUCGCCAUCUCCUGCUCUGGACUUGAGCAAAAGAGGCCUUGAACAUCUAAGUGAGGAAAUCUUCAAAAUUCCUCAUCUGAAACAAUUGCAUCUCCAAAGAAAUGAACUCAGCAUAAUUCCUAAAGAUUUCUUUCAGCUCCUGCCAAGUCUCGUUUGGCUGGAUCUCCGGCAUAAUAAAAUUAAAGCUAUUCCUUCUGGGAUCGGAUCUCACAAGAAUCUGAAAACUUUGCUUAUGGAAAAGAAUCCCAUAAAAACAUUGCCUGUGGAACUGGGGAACUUAGCGUCGCUGAAAGCCCUGAACUUGCGGAGCUGCCCUCUGGAAUUCCCCCCCAAAGAUGUCGUCCAGAAAGGCCUGCUGGCCAUCCUGGCCUUUCUUCGCAAUUGGGCCCAGAGGCAGAGUGCCGUCACCGCUCCACCAUGUCAAGAAGUUGGACCAGUGAAAAAGGUGAACUUGGAAUCCCAGCAUGGCGCCUCCAACAAGGAGACGUUGCAGCCGUGGAAAUCCAAGCCGGAUGAUCCAGAAGGGAAGGAAUGUCUUUUCCCACACGUGGAAGCGUUGAACUUAACUGAGGUCACAGAGCCGAGUAGGGAUCUUUCUGAGGAUCGAUCCAAUGAGGAAGAAAUGAAGCGGUUCUGGAAGCUGAGGCAGGAAAUAGUCGCCAGUGAAAAAGCCGAAAUGCUCACGAACCAGCUCCUGCCACUUCAGCUGCCUCCCAGCCGGCAGGACAGCCACAUGAAGGACCAUGGUCAGAAAGUGAAAAACCCGUUCAGGUCAGUUAUGAAAAAGAGUAUCCUUAAAAGGAUUCCACUGAAAAAAACGUAUAAUCCAAGAAGGAAGAUCUCUUCAUUCAAGAACAUGUUUCCUGAAAUUCCAUCCUAUGAGACACCAGUCCAAGCCAAGAAAGACGAAGAAAGACGGGUAGCUGCCCUCAAGGAGCUAAAAGAGAAGCAAGCUUUAAUAGAGCAGCGGAAAAGAGACAAGAAAAUGCUGCAGAAAUGGCGGGAGCAGGCCGACGCAAUGAGGAAAGAGAAGGAGCUCCUCAGGAAUGCGCAGCAUCCCCCAAAGCACACGGUAUUAAAAAAAGCACCGUUUGCAACCGACCCAGUGGAGGAGAACAAGGAAUUCCAUUCCCUCGAAAAAAAGAGAUUGAUGCGGUUAAAGCUGACGCAAGAGCAGGACGAGCUCAGAGCCUCCAAAGACAAGGAGAUAGAAGAGCGUAUCAAGCUUCACAUGGAGGCCUUACGUGAAAGGAAGAAAUCCAAAGGGACGCCUCAGGAGGAGAUCCUGAAAGCUGCCCACGACUUUGGCAUUGCCAAAAAGCUGUGUGACGACAUUCGCCAGAGAUACCUGGACCGCGAGCUGAGGAGAGAGUACCAGCUCACAGCUUUCACUGGAGAUGCGACUCGCCCAUCGCCCAUGUCACAGCCCCACAAUAUAUUUUUUAACAUGAAAUUUUAGGGAUCGGGGAGUUUUGAACCACAGCUGUUCAUGUCAUGGCCUUCCUCACCAUCACUGGAGCGCUUCCGACGUGAAACGGUUGCUUUUGUUUUCUUGGCAGAGAAAUAGUUAAAUUAGAAGUCGAUAUUUAUUUCACAGUCGGGCUACAGUACAUGUUUUCAAUAUAGCCCUUUUCAAAGGCUAUGAAGUGUUUUCACUGCAUUAAAAUAAAUGAUAUAUUGUCCAUGA